AUGUUAUACAGACAGGUUUUGAAAAGGCCGGCCACGGUGCAAAAGUACGUCAGUCCAGUCGUCUCUAAUGGACUUGUCAGAUACUUUGCAUCUACUCCCCAGAAGCUACAAUUGCACUUGCAAUAUUUCGGUAACAGUGCGAAGCGGUUGCAUGUUAUAACUCGAUCAUUUUCAACUACUUCUCGUAAAUGGCAGUCUGUAGAGAUACCAUUUCAGAAAAUGACAGAGGACCAGCAAGAGGCUUUGACAACUGAAAGACCAGUAGAUAAGGUAGAUUUAUGCAUUGUAGGUGGUGGGCCGGCAGGGUUAGCUGCUGCCAUUAAGUUCAAACAACUAGACAAUGAACAUGGUAACGGAGAAUUGCGUGUUGUCGUCUUAGAGAAGGCUCCGGAUAUGGGCUCACACAUUGUUUCCGGUGUUAUCUUAGAACCAAGGGCAUUAAGGGAGUUGUUUCCUGAAAGCGAAUAUUACGACGAGGAUGGUAAUGGGAUUCCUCUUCCUCCAGAGCUAGUUACCAAGGUAGAACAGGAGGAGCUGAAAUAUUUGGUCGGGAAUAUCGCGUUACCGGUCCCAGAGCCUCCACAGAUGAUGAACAUAAACAAGAACUACAUAGCAUCUUUAUCACAAGUGGUUAGGUACUUGGCAGAACAAGCCGAAGAGUUAGGAGUUGAAGUAUUUCCUGGUAUCUCUGUCUCCGAGGUGAUUUAUGGUGACGAUGGUGAAUCCGUUAUCGGUGUUGCAACUAAAGAUAUGGGUAUAUCGAAGACCGGUGAACCCAAGGAAACAUUCGAAAGAGGAAUGGAAUUCCAUGCUAGACAAACGAUGUUUGCCGAAGGUUGCCACGGUUCCUUGUCAAAAGAACUAAUAAAGAAGUUCAAGUUAAGACAUGAAAGAGACAAUCAAACAUACGGUUUAGGAAUCAAAGAAGUGUGGGAAGUAAAACCUGAAAACUUCAAUAAGGGCUUUGUUGCACAUACUAUGGGAUAUCCUUUAACUAAUGACGUGUAUGGAGGUGGCUUUCUGUACCACUUUGGUGAGGGUUUAGUAACAGUAGGUUUAGUCGUGGGUUUAGAUUACAAGAAUCCAUACGUGUCACCAUACCAGGAAUUCCAAAAAAUGAAACUGCAUCCUUAUUACAAAAAAAUCCUUUCUGGAGGUACCUGCAUAGGUUAUGCAGCUAGAGCUCUAAAUGAAGGUGGUCUCCAAUCAGUUCCUAAAUUGAACUUCCCUGGUGGAUGUUUGAUCGGUGCUUCAGCAGGUUUCAUGAACGUUCCUAAAAUCAAAGGUACACAUACUGCAAUGAAGAGUGGUAUGCUAGCAGCAGAAAAGUCCUUCGAAGAGAUCAUAAAGUUGCCAACCUUGGAAGAAUUAGAAGCGAGUGAAACUGAAAAACUUGUCGCACAUCCAAUUAACCUAGAGUCUUACGAGACCGCAUUCAAAGAGUCAUGGAUAUAUGAAGAGCUUUAUGAAGUGCGUAAUAUUAGGCCUUCAUUCGGAGCAACACCACUAGGGGGUUUCGGUGGUAUGGCAUACUCAGGUGUUGAUUCUUACAUACUCAAAGGCAGAGUUCCAUGGACGUUCCAUCACCAUGCAUCAGAUGCUGCUAUAACAGCAUCUGCAGAUAAAUACAAACCCAUAGAUUAUCCAAAACCCGAUGGAAAGAUUACCUUUGAUAUCUUAACAUCAGUAUCAAGAACUGGAACGUAUCACGAUGAUGACGAAAAAUGCCAUUUAAGAGUCCCUGAGCAAGAUAUGGAAAAACAUACUAGUAUUGCGUAUCCAAAAUGGAAGGGAAUCGAAUCAAGAUUUUGUCCAGCUGGUGUUUAUGAGUAUGUUGAAGACGAAACCUCCCCAUUGGGUGUGAAAUUCCAGAUUAACUCACAAAAUUGUAUUCAUUGUAAAACCUGUGACAUCAAGGUUCCAACUCAGGACAUUAAUUGGGAAGUUCCUGAGGGAGGUGAUGGUCCAAAGUACACACUUACCUGA